AUGGCGUCUGAGCCGGACUACAGCUUACCCCCUCAGCGGGUCGCCUUUGAUGGCUUCCUUUUUGAUAUGGACGGAACGAUCAUCGACUCAACCUCAGCAGUGGAAAAGCACUGGCAUACGAUUGGCAAAGAGAUCAAUGUUGAUCCCAAGGUCAUUCUGGAAACCUCUCAUGGGCGUCGCAGUAUAGAUAUAUUGAGGCUCCUGGCACCCGAGAAAGCAUCAAUGGAAUAUGUUAGAGAUCUGGAAGGACGUCUCCCAAGGGAAUACGCAGACGAAGCAGUUGAAAUUCCAGGAGCACGUUCUCUUCUCGAGUCCGUCGUCUCCAGUGCCAUACCCUGGACAAUCGUCACCUCUGGCACCGUACCCUUAGUUACAGGGUGGCUCAAGGUCCUCUCCAUGGCCAUACCAGACCAUCUGGUCACGGCUGAGUCUGUGGAAAAUGGCAAGCCAGAUCCCACGUGCUAUCUUCUCGGCCGUGAGCGAAUAGGCUUAGAGGCCGAUGGCAAGCAGGUACUGGUUUUGGAGGACAGUCCGGCAGGCAUCAGGGCGGGCAAGGCUGCCGGGUGCAAAGUCGUGGGGCUCGUGACAAGUCACACCUUGGAACAGGUCGUCAGCGCUGGACCGGAUUGGGUAGUGAAGGAUCUCGAAUCUCUGAAAGUUGUGGGCAAGGAGGGCGAGAAACUAGUCGUGGAGAUCUCCAACGCACUGCGCUAA